GCGGACGCAUCGCUCACGGGAGAAAUAGUUGAGAGAAAACACUGCGUGCGCAAUACAGGGGUUUGGACGCCAUUUGAGUGUUCGUCAUCCCUCAUACGUGGUCAGUUUGUAUCAGAUUGUGUUUACCUUCAUCAAGAUAAUCGAUGACCCGGCUUAGGGUCCAAACCGAAGGAACCCUCCGAGGUCUUCAAUUUAGAUCAACGCUAUAGCCGGAGUUCUGUCAUAUUGCAAAUCACCAGCAAGGUGCGUAAUUGUUGUGAGACACAACGGGUACCAUAACGGUUCCCAUUCAUUGAAACCGUAAAAACUGAAUAGCUGCCGAAUUACGAGUGGACAAAUUUUGAAUGAGAUCUAGAAGAUCAGCUGUUCAAACCAGUGGUGACAUUUGCACAGGUAUGACGGUGACAUGAGCGAUCCUGAACUUCUACCUAAUCAAGAAACGACGGUAUCAGAACCGAUCUGAUGUUGGACUGAAGAGCAUUACAGGGAGUAAAGGGAUGGAGAGGUGAAGGACGAGUCCCUUCAAGGAUUUUAUAUCAGCUGCGGAGCGACAGCGCUUUGUGGAAAAUGACACCCCUUUUUCUACAUGUGAUUUUAAUUAUGUGUGGAGGUCACAUACUUUAUGCAGGGGCAAAUCGGCCUGCUGCCCCCGUGAACGUCUCCAUCACGCACCUGCGGGCUGACUCGGCUACCGUGUCUUGGAACAUUGUGGACGUAGAUGUUGUCAUUGGCUACGCUAUCUCACAGCAGAGGCAGGAUGGCUUGGCACAGAGGUUCAUCAGCGAGGUAAACACCACUAGCCGGGCGUGUGUGCUCUGGAACCUGGAUGAAGAUACCGAUUACAUCAUUCAGGUCCAAUCUAUUGGCAUGCAUGGCGAGAGUCAAGCAAGCAAGAGGAUCCAUUUCAGAACACUGGAGAAGUCAGAUCACUUUCAGUCUAGCUUAAUGGACCAAGAUGACCCAUCAGUGGAGGGUCUAGACAUGACCAGACAGUUGCAGACUGGAGAGAUGGUCAUCGUCAUGACAGUACUAAUCAUGUGGGCAGCUGUCAUAGGUCUGUUCUGUAGGCAGUAUGACAUCAUCAAAGACAAUGACUCCAACAACCACAGCAAAGAGAAGGCCAAGCCCCCCUCAGAACACAGUACUCCCGACUACCACCACGGAGGGUUAUUAGGGAGUAAAUUUCAAAGGACCGCAUCAUCAAUCAGCAUCAUCAAGGUUUGACCCAAGCCUCCACCAGGCCAAGCCUCCUCUUACUUACUCCCUACCUCUACAUGUAUAAGACUACUAACUGGCCUAGGCAACCACUUUUAGUACCUGUCCCUGGCUCAUACCUAGAGUAGCAACCUCUUACCUGUCCUAGUCCAAAAGGUGUAGCUAAGACACCCACUUGACUCCUGACCUAGUCUCCUAAACCUCACACAACAGAUCUAGUGUCCUCCCACCUGACCAGGACUCCUCUGAGGUGACCCCUGCGGCCGUUUAAUCCUGCAGGCUACUCUUAUCCGAGCAGGACAGGGAUCACCUGAUCCCCACCUGACCUGGCAACACUGGCCCCUCCUGACCCUGUGCACAUCCAGAUCAACGCUUGACUCAGCUGAACCAAAUCCCUCCCAUGAGCACCGUUCUUUCCCAGCUGGAGUUCCAUCUUAACAGAGCACUGGCCAUUUGACUGCACAGCGCACAGCGCUGGUUCAUUGCAUUCUUCCUAAUGUGACUACUUAGUCACCUCAAGGCAUACAAAGCCAGGUUUGGGUGUCAUAAAUACAUCUAGCAGUGAUCCAACAGUAACAUCUGAUGAAGUUUGAGUAGCCUACAUGGACCCUGCUUGAAUUCCAACGAAUGGUUGUUUUCAGAAGGGCGAUACUUGUGUGUGUGUGUGACUUAUUUUCUAUAAGGCUCUGUAUAAUGUUAUAUGAAAAGCAUGGGUAUUAGGAGAGUACGCUAAUUAGAUUACUCACAAAAUGAUGUUUGUAUGUUUAUGGAACUCUGUAGUAUUACUAUUAUGGAGAAAACUGCCAGGAACCAUUUCCAUUUAAAUAUUAUGUCUGACAAAUGGAUUGAAAUGGGCUUGUCUGAAAAUUGCCACAUUCAGAGAGAAACAAUGAGGCCUACAGAACAGUCACACCCGUUGUCUUAACACUGUCAAAUCAGAUGGUUUAUUUAUUUCAUUACAGAUAUGGGGGUAAAUACGAUUUUGUAAGUAUAUUAAGUUGCACUUGUUCUGUACAUUAAAACACUCUAAAAUGA